UUUUGUAGGUUUUGUUAUAGGCGGCAAAGCAAUUUAAAAAGUCAUUUUUCUUUAAUAAUAUAAUGUCCACUUUAAUGGAACAGCUAUUCAAUAAGAUUGGACUGCGUGACGUACCAAAUAUAAUCGAGAAAACAUCCGAGUUGAUGCGAUUAUUAGAAUUGAAAUCUGCAAAUAUACCUCUGCAAAUUAAUGAAUAUGCUAAAAUAGUGAUCAGUGGUGAUAUAGCAGCGAAAGUGUUGGGGGUAGCAUGUGAUCAGGUUAGUCCACAAAAAAAAAAAUCUACUCAAUUAAUAAAACUACUUCCGCGUUAACAACUAAUCGGAAUACCCACGACUCUUUAAGUAAAAUGUAUAUUUUAUUGUAUAUGAACAAUGGAUAUGUUUAUUUCAUAUUAAUACAUAACUCUGAGAAAAUAUUUGUUUAAAUACCUCUAAGCAAAUAUU